AUGGGCUCUGCUCUGCGGCACCGCUGGCUAGUGGUCCAACUCCUGAUGCAGGUGUGGCUGGCGGCAAAUCCAUCUCUGAGUGAGCGCCCAUGCCCCAAAAGCUGUCGAUGUGAUGGAAAAAUUGUCUAUUGUGAGUCAAGCGCCUUUCGUGAUGUUCCUAAGAACCUCUCAGGAGGCUGUGAGGGCCUGUCGUUACGGUACAACAGCCUCGCCAGUCUGCGAGCUGGCCAGUUUGUGGGGCUCAACCAUCUUAUCUGGCUCUACCUGGACCAUAAUUACAUUGCCACUGUGGAUGGGAUGGCCUUCCAAGGGGUCCGCAGGCUCAAGGAGCUGAUCCUGAGCUCCAACAAGAUCACAUCACUCCACAACACCACAUUCCACCCAGUCCCUAACUUGCGAAAUCUGGACCUGUCCUAUAACAAACUGCAAGCCUUGCAGCCUGGGCAGUUUCAGGGCCUGAGGAAGCUUCUCAGCCUUCACAUACGCUCAAACUCUCUAAAAACUGUCCCAGUGCGUCUGUUUCAAGAUUGCAGAAAUCUUGAGUUCCUGGACCUGGGUUACAACCGCCUGCGCAGUAUCACUCGGAAUGCAUUUUCAGGCCUGGUCAAGCUCACUGAGCUGCACCUGGAGCAUAACCAGUUCUCAAAAAUCAAUUUCUCUCACUUUCCUCGCCUCUACAAUCUUCGGGCUCUUUAUCUGCAGUGGAAUCGCAUUCGUUCAAUGAGCCAGGGCCUGACUUGGACCUGGGCCUCCAUCCAGAAACUGGAUUUGUCUGGGAACGAUCUGACCGAAGUGGAUGCCGUUGUCUACCAAUGUCUGCCCAACCUGCAGACGCUCAACCUGGACUCAAACAAGCUGACCAAUGUUUCCCAGGAGGUGGUUGAUGCCUGGAUCUCUUUAACUACGAUUAGCUUAGCUGGGAAUGUAUGGGACUGUGGCCCGGCCAUCUGCCCCUUGGUGGGCUGGCUGAGAAAAUUCAGAGGAGCAAAGGAAACCACCAUGAUCUGCGCCUCUCCCAAGAAAGCCCAGGGUGAGAAAGUGAUGGAUGCUAUUGAAGCUUUUGGUGUUUGUCAAUCAAACCCAGGGACAACACUCUCUGAGAGUAUUGCUACAACCCCAUCCAAUCUCCCUGUGCAGACUGACCACCGCCCGGCCAUUCUGGCUUCACCCACUGGAUCUGGAAAGAAAGGAGACGGCUCUGUUAGGGGCUCCACGUCCUCAGCAGUUACACCACCUGUGGCUCUGCCCCCGGAGCAAGACAUGGAGCCUGUGUCCUUCCAUAAGAUUGUGGCUGGAAGUGUUGCCCUUUUUCUAUCUGUUGCGAUGAUCCUGUUGGUGAUCUACGUGUCUUGGAAGCGCUAUCCAAGCAGCGUCAAGCAGCUGCAGGAGCAUUCAGCAGCAGCCCGCAAACGCCGCAAGAAAGCCAGGGAGACGGAGCGCACCCUAAGCUCCCCACUGCAGGAGUACUAUGUGGACUACAAGCCCACCAAUUCUGAGGCCAUGGAUGUGCUUGUCAAUGGGACAGGACCCUGCACCUAUACUAUCUCAGGCUCCCGAGAAUGCGAGGUCCCCCACCAGAUGGGUGCACUGACCUUCUACCGCUACGAGCAGCCCAUUGUCGACUACUGCCAGGCCCAUCAACCCCUGCGGCUCAACAUGGGCUAUGAGGGACCCCCACAGGGCCUGGAGGACCUGGGGCCGUGUGAUAGGGGCACCAUACAGACAGUGGCGCUGCCCGCCGUGCCCUCCGCUGCCAGCAUAGGCGCCCCUAUGCCAGGGCCUCGCUCCCCUCCGCCUCCCCUCAGACCACCGACUGAAGGUCCCAGCAGCGGCCCCUUUCCUCCCCCCGAGCGCACCGGUACACUCAAAUUUGGACGCUAGCGAGCCCGGCCUGGUUGUUAGAAAUGGGGGCCUUUGAUUAACCCUGACUUUAAAAUGAAGGGGCAGGUGAGCUGGUUUAUUCAGUGGGGGCCUUGUUUUCAGAACAUGACUAGAGGAAAAAAAAAAUUUAAUAUCACAUUCUGCCUGGAGGGAUUUGCCAUCUGAAACACACCGACUCACCAAUAUACAGUCGAGGUUGAGACAUCAUUGCUGAUCAUUUUUAUUUCUUUGUUGUUUUUCCGAAGCACCUUAAUGGAAACGUAUCGCCGCUGACUCAUGUGAGGUGACGUGGAAUAAGACAAAACAGAAUCACCUUGUUUCCAAAUCUGGUCUUUGCCACGUCGGCAUCAUGGGGCUCCUGCUUAUGGACAGUCCGCCUGCGCCGAGUCAGGAGUGGAAGGGAAAGUGCAAUAAACACGAGUUUUCAGUCAUAAACCGCAACGUAAAAGAGACUACUCAUGGUGCGAAGAGCAGGCGGCUUCUUACUGUGAUUAUUUUUACUUUUUAUAGUCAGUAGUCGUUCACAAAAUCAAUAUCUUUACUUUAUGAAGAUGAGUCACUUCCUUCAGACGAGUGACGGCAAGAGUUUCUGUUUCUUUUUCGUGUCUCCGGAUGUUGGAUCUCAUGCUGAACUCCAUUAAUGUGCAUGUCAAACCAAAGAGUUUACUUCUGUUUUCAUUUUAAUGCACAUGUGCUACUUCAGCCGAGGGCAUUCUUAAAAUGUCAACUGGCCUCUGCCAACCUCAAAGUCACAAUUACAACCAAAAUCUGCUGGCGGUCUCAGACAGGCUGA